AUGCACUCGACAGCUGCGAAAGACGCUUCACUUGUAUCAGUAACAACAGAUGAAAGCUCGACAGACCGCACUCGGGGACGUAGUCGACGGUGUGAUGAUGACACAGGAAUGCCGGUGGCUUAUAAAGUGAGCGCCAAUGCCAUUGAGUCGGUGGACGAACUUCUAGCUAAAGACGCAGAAGACGAGAGUUUACGGAGGUACAAGGAACGGCUGCUAGGCGUCGCUGCUCAUGGAGAUCGGGGAGAUGAAUGCGACACACGUCGUGUGGUAGUCAAGGAGUUCAAGAUUGAGUUUUUGGAAGAUGGAAACGAAGACCUUGUCUACAAAUUAUCAACACCAGAGGGUGUGGAGCUGAUGCGCACGACGCCUUUUGUCCUGACGGAAAGCUGUCGGUAUCGCUUUGUCAUCUCCUUUCAAGUAAAUAAGACGAUUGUGAGCGGGUUGCACUUUUGCACUAACGUCAAGAAAGCGGCGCUGGCCACACAUGAUAAAAUCGUGUUGGGUUCGUAUGCUCCACGAUCCGAGAGCUACGUGUUUGUCUUUCCCCGUCGAGAAUGGAUGAAAGCUCCAUCGGGACUUUUCUAUCGUGGUAAGUACACGGGCAAAUUCACGUUUAUUGAUGAUGACCACAUCAAGCACCUGGAGCAGUUGUACAUGUUCGAAAUCAAGCGAGCCUGA